AUGGAAAACGAUCAUGGAGAGGGAGAGAGCUUCACCCUGUCGGAGGUCAGACUCAUCCUGAUUGGUGGGAGAUGGGCUGGCAAGAGCUCCUCUGGCAACACAAUACUGAGAAAUGAAAGGUUUGAGUGUGGCCGAACCAGAACUGCUCAGUCUGAAGUGAGGCAUGAGGUGGUCGAGGGCAGGCAGCUCAUCGUGGUCGAUGUUCCAGGAUGGAGCAGCUCCCUCUCCCUCACUGAGAUCCCAGAGGGGGACAAGCAACGAUUUAAACUCAUCGCGUCCAAGUGUCUGCCCGGACCAAAUGUUUUCCUUCUUGUUAUUCCCAUAGACACAGCUUUCUCUGUGACUAGGAGGAAGACCGUGGAGGAGCACAUGAAGCUCCUGGGAGAGCGGGUUUGGAGAUACACCAUGGUGCUGUUCACCUGUGGGGAUUUCCUCCGGAAGAAGACCAUAGAGCAGCACAUUGAGAGUGAAGGAGACUCACUCAAGUGGUUAAUAGAAAGAUGCAGAAACAGGUACCAUGUGUUUAACAACAAGGACAGGAGUGGUUCUGAUCUGAGUAGAUCUCAGGUGACACAGCUGCUGGAGAAGAUAGAUGAGAUGGUGUGGCACAACAAUGGCAAAUACUACGAGGUAGAUGAGCAGACGUUAAACAUCAUUAAAGUGAAGCAACAAGAAGUGGCUGAAAGGGCACAACUGAGAAGGAGGCGGUCCGAAGACCAAAGAGAAGUAAUGCAAACCCUCAUUCCAGAAGAGAAGAAAACUCUCCCAAAACUCCAGAUGAUUCUUUUGGGAAGCCGAAACGUUGGGAAAACCUCAGUAGGGAACACAGUCUUGGGAAUCAAACAUCAAGAAGAAGGAAUAAGAACGUCAUGCUCGGUGGCCCAGAAGGGUUUUGUGGGUAAAACUGAAACAACUCUUGUUGACACUCCAGGGUGGUGGAAAGGCUUCCCUGCGCUUGACACUCCUGAAGUGAUCAAAGAUGAGAUUAUACGCAGCCUGUUUCUGUGCCUCCCUGGGCCUCAGGUCUUCCUGCUGGUGAUAGACGCAGAUGCCUCUUUUAAUGCCAAACACUUAGAUGCCCUGACAACACACAUGGAGCUCCUUGGAGAAGGAGUAUGGAGACACACCGUUAUCGUUUUCACCAGAGGAGACUGGCUGGGAACACACACCAUAGAGGAGUACAUCGAAGGGGAGGGAGAGGCGUUGCAAUCUCUAGUUGAACAAUGUGGAAACAGAUAUCAUGUCAUUGAUAACAAGAAUACGGAUGAUGGUACUCAAAUCACGGAGCUGCUGGAGAAAAUUACUGAGACUGUGGCUGGAAAUGAUUGGGAGCGUUUUGUCCUGGAUGAGAAGAUGAUUCUGACCACUGAAGAGAGAAGAAGAAGUGUGGAUGAAAGAGCAACACUGAGGCAAAGUCAAGUCAUGGUCAAAAGAAAAUUCCUCAGAGAUUCCAGUAAAGAAUUACAUGAGCUGACGUUCGUGAUGCUUGGUCAGGCGAGUUUUGGAAAAAGUGCAACAGGAAAUAACAUCCUGCGUAAAGAAGUGUUCGCCACCUGUCAGAAUGAGAUCUGUCAGGUGGAGAAGGAGGAAGUUGCUGGCAGACUCGUCACAGUGAUCGACACCCCGGGGUGGCGGAAGGAUCCCUGCAACUGCACUGAAGAUAUGGACAAAGAAAUUGCACGAGGUCUGUCGCUGAGCCCAUCAGGGUUUCAUGCUGUUUUGCUGGUUGUCCCCUUGGACCUGACAUUCAGAGAAGCUCAGCAGGCCGCCCUGGAGGAACACAUGAACCUCUUUGAUGUCAGCAUCUGGAAACACACCAUGGUUCUGUUCACAUAUGGAGACAGACUGGCAGAUAAAUCCAUCGAGGAGCACAUUGAGAGGGAGCAUAGCGCGCUACGCUGGUUAAUAGACAAGUGUGAGAACAGAUACCAUGUUGUGAACAAUAUGAAGAAAGCUGCUAUGGGUCAGGUUACAGAGUUGUUUGAGAAGACAGAAGAAAUGGUGGAAGGGAGCAGCCAACAGCUCUUCUGCCCUGACAUGAAAAAAAUCUACGAAAGAAUUGAUGAGAAAUUCAGGAGGACGCAGCUCAAACAUGUCCUGAAGCAACGACUGGCUGAGGAGUACAGUAGGAGAGAGGUGAAGUUGAUGACGGGCUUCAGGGAAACACUUCUCGAGCUGCAAGCUGAGAUCAAGAGAAGUGCGACAACCACUAGAUCCAAGACCCUGCCCAAAGGCAUUGGUCAGAAGAAGAAAGAUGGAAAUGUCAAGGAGGAAAACAUAGACUCAAAAUUCAGCCAAAAGAUCGAAAAGCUGAAUAAGGACAUACAAAUGAAAUCCUCAGAGCUACUUCGGAGCAGCUUCGACUUCCUGAUCCCAAGCUUGAAAGGAGAGAGUCCAGCACCAUCUAUCUCUAAGCCUUCGACAGACAAGAACCAUCCCAUCGACAACUUUGAUAAAGUUCUAGGUUGGCUGUCCACACUUCAGAUCGGCACAAAUGUAGAGAACCAGUUGACCCUCAACUUCUCAGACUUCUCUCAGACGUCAGGAUACAGAUCUGUGGUUCCACUCGACGGCUUGGACUUCGACACAGAAAAUAUUCUUGAAUGAACAGUGUCAAUGGGCUGAUGUAAGGAAAAACAAAUGCCUUUUAGCAAUGCAGAGUUUGCUUUCAGGGGAUUCUCGAUGGUUUAACAAAAAGGUAGACCUACGGUAAACAUAAUGGAAGAAAUAAUACCAUGUAAUCACAAUAUGAUACAGCACUUGGAGACCUUUUCUGAAAGAUGAAUGUGGUAAAUAGGGGAGGUGCUAAGAAUUUUGAAUAUUAAACAAGCAUUGGGAAAUGUAAAUUAUGGUUUUAACAGUAAACAAGAUCAUAUCUAUUAGGUUUAUUAUCCAGGUCCUUAACAUGUUUAUAUAAAGAUUGUACAGGCUUUCAUAUUGUAUCGGUGGUAACCGACCAAGUGGUUACAGUAUGUUUUAUCUGUGAAAGUCAUAUCUUUUUUUCACAACAAAGUAAUCUAUAUAUGUAUUUGUGUGUAUAUAUACCUUUUAUAAUUAAAUAUUCAUAUCAUUUCUGUA